AGGUGACAAGCGUGUUCCCGCAGAAGAGCGCAGGACUAGAGAAUCGGGAACUGAACAGAGAGAGGACUGAUUCUAUAAAUUUGUAGUGGAAUGAGAACUGUACAGCUGCACAUUGAAAAGCAAAAGCCAGGUCCUCGCUAAACAAGAGACAUAUUUUUAGAUGAAGUGGAGCGAGUUCAGUGGAGUCGGUGUGAUCAAGAAACCAAUAUGGCAAAUAAUGAAAAGAGCAAGAGCACCAGCAUCGCUAAAAAUAUAGAAGCGGGGGCUGACCACAGUAAAUGAAGUUCAUCCUUCCACCAAAUGAAUUUGUAACCGACUAAAAUAGGUCUUCAAAAUCAAAAUGAAGAAAAACAAGUCGUCGCCUCCACGCGGUGGAGGCGGUUCGCCGCGCGGCUUGCCAGCUAAAGAAGGCACUUCUCCGCUUCGCAGUUUAGGGCUUACCGAACCUCAUCAGAUGGAGCAUCGCCAAAUGCUUAUGGACAUUCUAGGUGGAGACGGCAAUACUGCUCCUGGAAUUGACCCUUUCGUCGAUGGAGCAGGGACUAGUAACUCCGGAGUUGUUCCAUUUGAAGUCAAUGCGUGGCAUAGUAGUAGCAAUGCUGCGUCUCCCAUAGAAGUAGAACAGGACACCGCUACGAACUACCAUUUUCCAAACCGUGGCGCUCCUAAUAACAAUACCUCUCCAACAUCGGCAGGGGCGGUGGCAAUAAUUAGUCCUUCUGGACAUCCGGAUCCGACUUCUUCAGUGGCUUCAAACAAGGGAAAAAUCGUUAGCAAACCAAAUGCCGUCCACGAUCUCUGGGCCCAUCAGGGACAGUCGCCCAGAGGCGAGAUGCCCACAUUGCUAGCCAGUGCUGUAGCCUUGUCUCCGAGAGAUAGACAAAACGAUACUAAUGCGAGUACUAGGAAUCCGACAGGCGGUACCAGAAGGUACAGAACUAGAUCAGAGAGACACGGAACACCACCCGAUGCCACAAAAGACGUCGUAGAUGUUGUUGCGAGUGGUAGACGACAAGGAGAAGAUCACACCGGAAGCCACGAAGAAGAGGAAGCAGUGAGAGAUGAUGUGUUUCGGAUUUUUCAGGGCGUUGGACAAGGGCAGGAUAGUCAUCUUUCUUCAAGUAGAGCCCCCCCGCUUCGUGACAACGAACUUCCGAGGCGAGAGAACUUGAACCUAGCAACAGAUCCAGCAGCUAGAGCUGACGCAGGCAGUGCAGCAACAGCACAGGGACACCCCGCACAGGUCGCAAGCGGCUACAAACAUUCAGCUGCCGGCCCUAAUCAUGGUAAGGCCCAGCCUACUCCGGAUGUUGGAAGAGGCGGGCAUCAUCACCAUAAUAAAAAUUAUCUUCUAUACGAAUCUCCGCAGCACUCACCUCGGAUUCCGCGCGGUGCUACGUCUAAUGCGCCGAGAGGAGGGUGGCCCAUGCAGAGUUCGCCUUCUCUAAAGGUCGCUGUUCCUGCACUCUUUUCGUUCGACUACGAUCGAGCUGGGGCUUUGGAUGACCAGUAUCAACAACAACUACAUGUUGCUGGUAGUGGUACAAGAGCAGUAGGUCAACAGCAUUGUUCCAGUAGUACGUUAAAGGGUGUUCGUGUUGUGAUCAAGAGCAAAGAUCCUAGAAGAAUUUUGUUUCCGCCAGGCUCUGGUACCAAAGCUCUGCGAAUGAGGGAAGAGGACAGCACAGGAGGCAGUAAGAAUGAAGAGGAUCAUGACCUUGUAGUUCCUGGAAUGACUGAUGCUGGUUUUGAGCAGUCGUCAUCAUCAAAGGACAAGGGGGAAGGACGAGGAGUGGCCUUGACUGUUGAGGGAACUCAAGAUCAAGCUACACCUCUACCGGCGGGAGAACAGACCACGGGCGGGCUUGAACACGAGCAACAUCACAAGAAAGAGUUGCAUCUUUCAACCAACAGCAAUAGUAUGAGUAGUGAUUUUUCAGCGAGAACACCGCGAGGCGGUCGAAGUGGACGUACCUGCUUUGUUCUUCCGAUAUUUUCACGCUUCACUUUUGCGACUAGCGGUCAAGUGAAUCCACUGCUUGUCUCUCGCAUUGUGGAAGCAGGAGGAGUUGUGUUUACAUCCCCCCAAGAAGCAGAGGCAGAGGCACAAUUAGGCGAUGGAGCACCUACUUCCUCCUCUACAACCUCUGCAACUACUGGGAGAAAAAGUGAAACUUUCUUAACAACUCCACGGGGUAUUAAGCAACGCGAAUUUGCAGCACAAGGACAAGAACUUCAUCUUACUUCAACGUCGAGUUGUCCUCGUAGUCCUUCGAGCAAGACUAAGACACAUCAUCAUCUUCUUCUUCAUCAUCACAAUGGCUUGACCUCUCCAAUUGCGCGUCUCCCAGUUGGUAUACCCGCAUUACCAAAUAAGACAACGACCGGAAGUGUUCUGAACUCUUCGUGCGAUCUACACCAUAUGCACACAGGAGCUAGUGCAUCUUCCGGCAGUAUGAAGAGCACUCCUAGGGGUGCUACAACUAAGCAUGCGUUCAGUGGAGCAGCGAGUGCGGCUAAUUUCUCCACGCAAGCAGUCUCUUCAGGAGCUGCUUUGUACGCUGCACCUUCUCCACGUGGCCCUCAACCUCCUCUCGCGCCCACAUUGAGCAAGCCAAUGUCCCGUGUAGCAAGUGAACAAGAAGACUUCCAUUGCGACCAUGAUACUUCUGAACGUCGGGUCACCCACGUGCUACUCGGUUAUGACUGGUCAACAGAAGACGUGCGAGGUUAUUUGAAGAUUACUAGCAAGCGAGACAAACCACAUCCGCAGAUGGUAACUCCUGCUUUCGCAGAGAUGUGCCUGCAACGCCGUGUUUUGGUGGAUGAAGCGCCUUAUCGAGUUUUGUCAGCGGCAGACUUGGAGCAACUAGUACUUGCGCAAGUAGAUGGUGCCAAUGAGGUUCUGCAGAAGGGUGCUGUCGUAGAGACUCCAAGAAAGAGUCCUGCUGCGACAGGACAUCUCUCUGGAAAGGGCGUCAAUCUUCGUAGCAUACAACAGCCUCAUGGACCUGGAGCGUCACAACUACAUCGGAAAAUUGAUCAAGCACUAUUACAUGGAUUAGUUUUCGGGUGUCUGGGAUCGUGGACUGCAGAUCAUCCAUUAUUGCAAGACAUUCGGUCCCAUGGGGGACAGACGCGGCUCUUGGGCGGUGGUAUUUGUGAUUGAAGAACUGAGUAAACUGUCUUUUAUUACUUAGCCCGUGCUAGUAAAUUUUCGUUUUCCUGCUCAUCAUGAUUCUACUUACUUUGUUGACACCGCAUUCAUCAAUUUCAAACUAUAAUCGAGAUCGACUAUUCGAGGUUCCAACGGCGCUCCCGCAACGCCGCGAAAGUCGACAUCCCACGGCGUUACGCAUUUUUUGGUCGAUAGCCAUAAAGCAAAAAGCCAGACAAAUGCGCAUAGAGCGGGAAGUGAAGACGAUUCCAGACAGAUAGUCGAUAUCGCUUGGGUAGCCGCUUGUCUUCGUAACCACGUGUUGAUGCCGAUUUCUUCUGCGAGGAAUAAUGGGAAUAAGAGUACUUCUCCUAGCAAGGUUGGACCAGGAGCAGUAGGAAAAAAGGUUCCACCCAGCACAGGUGCCUGUCGUGCGCUGCUACGCUCCAAACUCGUGCAUUGA